AUGGAAAAGCCAAAGAUGGAACAUAUUGAAGAGGGUCAUGCAUCCAGUCUUCCGGAUUCGUGUGAUGUACCGUGUCAAGACAAUCUCCCUGCCGAACAUCGUCAAUAUCUAUUGAGACGUCACGGCACACUGGAUCUCAGUCCGGUGCCAUCAAUGAGUGAUGCUGAUCCAUUCAACUGGCCGGCAUGGAAAAAAAUCCUGAACCUUGCUUUGAUCAGCUUCCACGCAAUGAUGGCUACCUUCACUGCUGCAGCAAUUCAAAGCGCAUUUGUCGAGAUAGCACAAGACCUGCGCGUCAGCGUUCAACAAGCCAGCUAUCUCACCUCCCUUGUCAUCGCCAUCAUCGGCGGAGCACCACUAUUCUGGAAACCCUUUGCAGACCGUUAUGGUCGCCGGCCAAUUUUCCUCAUUUCUCUCGUUUGCAGUUUGGUAGGMAACAUUGGUUGCGCAAAGAGUCCGUCCUAUGCCACGAUGGGCCUGUGUCGGGCUAUCACCGCAUUCUUCAUUUGUCCUGCGGCAGCGAUUGGGAGCGCGGUAGUGAGUGAAAUGUUUUUUGAAAGAGAUUAUGCUCGUUGCAUGGGGGCUUGGGCUCUCAUGGUUACGUUGGGUGUCCCAUCUGCGCCGUUCAUAUUCGGGUUCGUCGUGCAUCAAGUUGGCUAUCGUUGGAUCUAUUGGAUAUUAGUUGUAGUGAAUGCCAUACAGCUGAUACUUUGGUUCUUCUUUGGCUCCGAGACGCUUUUCGAACGUUCAGCGACCCAUGACACAGAUUUCAAGCAACAGUACUUCCGAUUCAAGCGCAUCGGAUCGACUCCGUUACGCGUUCGAGACUUCAUCUAUCCAUUGUCGUUCGCAGCCAGACUUUGCGUCAUGAUACCCAGUUUGUCCUACUCGAUGGUGUUUCUCUUUGCCAGCAUUCUUAUCUCAAUCGAGAUUCCUCAAAUAUUUGCCGAAAAGUUUCAUCUAGAUGCCCAGCAGAUUGGUCUUCAGUCUUUGGCAAUCAUCAUCGGCUCCGUGAUUGGAGAACAAUUUGGAGGCUAUCUUUCUGAUAGAUGGAUGUGGGCUCGACAGAAACGAAGCGGUAUAUCGCCGGCACCGGAAUAUAGACUAUGGCUUAGCUAUCUCGGAAUCUCUCUUUCUAUUUGUGGCAUUGUGGUGUUCUUGAUCCAAACCGAGAAGGCUUCUGCUCACUGGAAUAUUACUCCCUUGAUCGGUGCCGCUAUUGCCGCCGUCGGAAACCAGAUUGUAACCACCGUUAAUAUCACUUAUGCAGUCAGCUGUUACCGGAGUGAGGCCGCUAGUGUUGGCGUUUUUAUUACUUUUGUGCGUCAGACUUGGGGUUUUAUUGGUCCUUUCUGGUUCCCACAAAUGCUGGAAAAAGUCGGCUUGUAUGCGAGUAACGGCAUCAUUAUCGCACUUCUUGUAGUUGGAAGUGUAGUCCCCACUUUCAUUGUACAGUGGCAGGGUCAUAAAUGGCGGGGCGACACUAAUUUGUGA